GGACGACAUAACAGACCAACUUGCUAAAACACAUUUGAUAGAACCUACUUUUUUAUUCGAAAACAAUGCUAUACUCGACAAAGAACAGACAGCAGAUUGCUUAUUGUCACUACCACCCCCUGUUCCCCCAAAAGAUGCUCAUCUAGCUAAAAGAAAAGAAACAAAGGCCAUAAUGCAGUCAAUAUCACAUUAUCCACACGAAACAUCAAGUCAUAAAAAGAGAAGGGUCACAGAAACAACGACCAAUAGUGGCUUCUUUCAUAAACAAAGUAAACAAAGGCCUCCUAUACCUCCUCGAAGAAGCAGUAUGCCUUUACCCUUACCGCCUAAAGAGACAGAGAUACCUAGCAUGCCACUCAACGCAAAGAAAAAUGCACAAUAUUAUCGUCAAAAACCUUCUAAACCUGUAUUUUUAGAUGAAAGGUAAGUUUCCAGCAUGUGUGUGUGUGUUUUUUUUUAUCGUUGACUUGUGUUUGUGCAGUUCAUGGAGUCAUUUCUUGGGUAUUCAAAGAAAGGAGCAUAAUGAGACAAUAAAGCGAGCCAUUCUAGGCAGAUCAUUGGGAGUACCAGGCUUGUCUAAAAAGGUCGAUAAAUCAGACAGCAAACUGCUUAAAAUGACAGAAGAUGGGGAUGUAGUUUUAUUGUACGAAAUCAUACAAGGAAAACUUCAAGUGGUUGCUGGCACACCAGAGAAACUGUUUGAAAAAUUGGCUGAUGAAUCAGUCCAAGACAUGAAUUAUGUAGAUACUUAUCUGUCAAAUCAUCGCAGCUUUAUAACUUCUAUAGACCUGCUUGAUCAACUAAUAAGUCGUUUUUAUCUAACGCCUUUGCCAGGCGAAUACGAGUAUUUUUCCAAAUGGCAAACCUCUAUUCAGACAAAAGUAUUGAAUGUCAUUCAUCAAUGGAUCACAAUUCAAUAUCAAGACUUUAAAUGCAAUACAGAACUUGAAAGAAAGCUUCAUUCAUUUCUCUGCAGUAGUUCGCUCAAAAAGUACUCACAUCAAGUGGAAAAAAUAGAGGAACACAUGAAUCAGGGUCGCAAUACAGAUGCAGGGUUCUUGCCUUUUGAUUCUAUAGAUAACAAAGAAACAGUUUUGCCUAUGGGUACACCUCAGCCUACCUCACGUCGUCCAUCCAACAGUUUAUUUAACUUUAGUACUUUGUCUUCAUUACCUAUUCAACUUAUGGACUCUUCCUUCAUUCACCAAGAUGUACAAAAUUACUUUAUUACGCCUUUGUCUUCCUUUGUCUCUCUUGAAUCCAAAGACAUUGCACGGUAUUUAACGUUGGCUGAUUUCUAUCUGUUCAAAUCAAUUCUUGUGAAUGGAUUUAUGAGCGAUCAUUUGCCCAAGCACCCAACCGAGAUAGAUCAUGUACAACUGAUGACCAAACGAGCCAAUAUGUUGGGUCAUUGGGUAGUGCAUGAAAUCUGUAGUUUGACCUAUUUGAAGCCUAAGAGAACACUGCUUCGAAAGUUCAUAGAAAUAGCUAAAUUAUGUUUUGAAUUGAACAACUUCCAUACCUGUAUGGUCAUCACAAUGGGACUCGCCAGUGCACCCAAACUCAAAGAGACAUGGGAAUCCUUAUCCAGUAGGGAUACGAACACUUUUGCUUCGCUCCAGAAACUAUUGGAUGUGACUAUGAAUAUGCGAUAUUAUAGACAAAAGACACAACAAGCCAAAUCGCCUGCUAUUCCAUUCCUGCCCGUUGUUCUUAAAGACUAUACUUUUCUGAAUGAAAACUCAACAUUUCUGAAUGCCCAUCCUAACCUGAUCAAUUUUACCAAAUUUACACUACUCAAGCAAUUCACAGACAAGACAGCGGAUCUGCUGAAUGAGCCUUAUUGGUUUUCCAACAAACUGACUGUCUAUCCCUUUUUUGAUAAAAAACAAAGCCAUGGUGAGACCGGAUCCUUGAAUAGUAUUGCAGACUGGAUAGAGACCCGUUUAAGUCAAGUGCAAGAUUGCUAUUUACAGUGUGAUUUAUUAUAAAGAACUUAAUUACCAAAUGUAAAAGGAUCGCCUUUUCUUAAUUUCGACUUUUUGCUCGGUAAAACAUAGUUAAUAGGUUUGAUUGUGCAGCUACGUUUUUGACUCAAAACAACUGGAGAAGAAGGCUCAUUUAUAUUGGGUAUCGUUUUUUUCUGUUUUCGAGUCU